GGCAAUGAGAGACCGGCGAAUGGAUAGGUUCGUCAUCCUUCCCUUCUCCGGCGGCUGUGUCUCACAGUCGAGCGUUGCAGUAUGCGAGAACCAACCGAAGAGAGCAGCACAGACUGAGGCAGCUCCGGCAACAAGUGGGAAGCCCAGGAGCUCGUUCGGCGUUGUUCCUUUUCCAAGGCCCUGCAUCUCUACAGGGUUCCAGAAACUAGUGAGGAGCCUCAAGAGCUUAUCCCAGCAUCUCGUGUUCUACAAGGAAGAGGAUGAAGAGGUGGAGAUGGAAAUUGGGUUCCCCACCGACGUGCAACACGUCGCUCACAUGGGGUGGGACGGAUUCAACGGCAUGAGCAGCAAGACAAGCUGGGACAAGCCGCCCGCACAGUUCCUUACCCUCCCUCCCUUCUCGCUGAAGCAGUUUGAGCUGGCCAUGACCGCACAAGCCGGCGCCCCUCCUCCUCCAUCCCAUGGUCCCGGUGGGUCUUGGCCGCAGUGAGGCGGUGCGAUGCUUGCUUUGUUCUUUCCCUUGGCUCGUUGUGUUUGUUGCAGUGUGUUGCUUCUGCUGAUAGAAAGCGGGCACGUGAACUUGCGUAGCUUGCUGUCAUACGAAGACGACCUCUUGGCGAUCAGAUCAUCAUAAUAGUGCAAUGAGAGAGACGACCACCCGUAUGGUGACCCCCAUCUUGUAGUUCACAUGAUUUGGGUAGCCAUCAAUUACUUUCGUAACGUGCCUUAUGCGUGUAUAUAUAAUGUUAAGAUUAAAGUUGAAGCAAGAGGAGGAGACGUCGUCUUGUUUGGAUGUGUGA